AUGGAGUUUGAUUCGACGCUGCAAUCAAAGGGUGAGCCGGCGUUAGAAAUCAUUGUUGAAAAAGAUGAUGCUGUAAGCAAUGGUGAUGCCUGGAGGACAACAAUUGAUGCCUGCUUACCUGUACUUGACCUCAUUGACACACGGAGGUCUAUUCCAUAUGACAUUCAGCAAGUGAGGGAACUUAUUGGCAUCUCAUGUGCCUUCAAUCAAAUUGUGCAGGGAGGCUUUGCUUGGAAUGCUAGAGAUGGAAUUGGAAGACCAAAUGCCAAGUCUAAUGCAGGAUCCAGUUGGGGUGAGAAAGAUAAGAUGGAAUCUGAUGAGCAUCUGAAAGUCCCAAAAGAAUUAGAUUCUUGGGAUGGCUAG